AUUGGCCAACGGCUCCUUUCAACCCUGCCUCGUUGGUGGCCACUGGAGAAGCGCGGGGGGCUCCCCAGACAGCCGUGGGGACAAGUUAGAGCCAGCACUGUACCCAGGGCCUCGCGUGUAGCGUCCCUCCCCUGCUCUCGGUGCCCCGGUGUCUGGAGGGAGGUGCGGGGGUGUGCCCUCCUUACAUGUUCCAGCACCCGGGCAACCCUCUGGGCGUGUGUUCCAUCUCGCUCUUACUUCCUGCACAGUGGGCAAGGGGAACCACUUUGCAUCAUGUCCCGGUAUAGCUACCAAAGUCUCCUGGACUGGCUCUAUGGGGGCGUGGACCCCAGUUUUGCAGGCAAUGGGGGCCCCGACUGUGCUGCCUUCCUCUCUUGGCAGCAGCGGCUGCUGGAAAGUGUGGUGGUGCUGACCCUGGCCCUGUUGGAGAUCCUGGUGGCCCUGCGGCACAUCCUGAGGCAGACGAAGGAAGACGGUAGGGGUGGCCAUGGCAGCCAGCCAGAGCAGGUGACCCAGCGGCCAGAGGAAGGCAAGGAGAGCCUGAGCAAGAAUCUGCUCUUAGUAGCCCUGUGCCUGACCUUCGGGGUGGAGGUGGGCUUUAAGUUCGCCACCAAGACCGUCAUCUACCUGCUCAACCCCUGUCACCUGGUCACCAUGAUGCAUAUCUUUCUUUUGGCCUGUCCUCCAUGUCCCGGAGCUAUCGUUGUCUUCAAGCUGCAGAUGCAUAUGUUGAAUGGGGCUCUGCUGGCACUGCUGUUUCCUGUGGUAAACACCCGGCUGCUCCCCUUUGAACUGGAGAUCUACUACAUUCAGCAUGUUAUGCUCUACGUGGUACCCAUCUACCUGCUUUGGAAAGGAGGUGCUUACACCCCAGAGCCCCUCAGCAGUUUCCGGUGGGCUCUGCUCUCAACUGGCCUCAUGUUCUUUUAUCACUUCAGCAUCUUGCAGAUCCUCGGCUUGGUCACCGAAGUGAAUUUGAACAACAUGCUGUGUCCGGCCAUCUCAGACCCAUUCUACGGCCCCUGGUACCGCGUCUGGGCCUCGGGACACCAGACUCUCAUGACCAUGACCCACGGGAAGCUGGUUAUCCUGUUCUCAUACAUGGCUGGGCCCUUGUGUAAAUAUCUGCUGGAUUUGCUCCGGCUUCCAGCCAAGAAAAUAGACUGAAGGUGCUUGUUAUUUCUUUGUUUCUCCCCAUAGAAGCAAGUCUUGGCUUGACUUGGAGAACACCCAGUUCUUGAUGAAAUCAUGGGAGAGGGCAGUAGGCUGUUUGGUGUAUUUCUUUUUUUUUCCCUCCUCUCUGUCCCUUUCUUCCACCACUCUUCCUUCCCCUGCUCUUCCCCCAGGAUGUCUCCUUGGGCCUGGAGGGUAGUGCUGGGAACUGGCGUUGCCCUCCUUCCUGUUGGCUCUUUCUCCCUGCUCCUAGUGGCCUUACGUGGGAAGACGGUAGUCAGCGGCUCCUUCGCUCUGCUUGUUGGUGCUUUAACAUCAGCUGGCCAGAAAGACAGGGAACAACAAGCAGUAGCUCUUGUGGUAUCAAAGUGAUGAGAGUGGGUUGUGUUUCAUUUCUGCACUGCCAGGGACCUGCAAGCUUCUGCCGGGAUCCCCUUUUGUCUCCAGCACAGCCCUCACCAUAAGGGGCCUGAGGCCUUGUUUCUAUACCAGCGCCAAGCCCAGAGCUGAGGGAUUUUCCCAGCUCAUGGCCAAAAUAGCACUGGCCAGAUUCUUCCCCGUGGUGUCCCAUGACUCAAAGCAUGAAGCCAACCAGCCACUCCCUUCAGGAUACUGUGGUGGGAGGGGGAACACGAGAAUCCACUGCAGAGGUUGAAGAGCUAUUGCCAUGACACAUCCAAAGUGUAGCGGGUUAAAAAUGUACACUGCUAGACAGGGCCCUGUGCCAUUUCUGCCCACGAGAACUGAGAACCGACCCACCCCAAUCAGUAGUGCACAUAGAACUUAACGAGUAGAAGCGGUGACUUGAGAAAACUGUGAUUUGAACCAUACACUCCAUCUUAGUUUCACGUGGCUAAUAAAUCCCAUCUCGGCUAUGAGUGCCCCUCCACUGUGUUCUUGUUCUCUCUUCGUAGCAGCUUUGUGAAAGACUGAGCUGGAGUUCGGUGUUUUGGGAUUUGCCUUUUUUUUUUUUUUCUUGUUCGUAUUUGGCUUUCUGUUUUUGUACGAGUUUUCGCAAAUCUUCACAUCGGGGCCCAUGGCUGGAAGGGCUCCUUUCAAUCCGUUCCUUGGUUGUACAGGGUAUGGCAGAAUCCUGGUUUGGGGAAAUAUAGUUUCUGCCGACAUGGUUUCCUUAGGGCCCGAUUUUUUCGGUGCAGCCACCCUGAGUGCGGAAUUGUUGACGAUGGCUGACAUCACAUACUCCGCACCCUGCCUGCUCCCGGAGCCCAUGUGGAGGUGAAGUCAAGGCAUCAGACCCCCACUCAGAGAGGCCGAGGGGCUCUUGUUAAAAGAGCCAUGUGUAGACCUGGCGAGAAGAGGCGGUGGUUGGGCAUUUGCCGACUCUUCGUUGACUUCUACUAGGAACAGGUUUGCUUAAGAACAGAAACGAGCUUCCAGAGAAUUCCCUCCCCUCUCCCAUGCCAGGCAACCCAGUUGCCCUGGGCCAGUUGCAGCGUUUGAAGUUUGGCCCUGUUAGAUGUGGAUUGGGCUUCCGUGACUCAGUGCCCUCAUUGUUAGCACUCGGACUUGCGGGAGGCAGCCGAUUGCAAGAGCGUCUGUGAGAAUGAGUUGAGACCCAGGGAAGCAACCCUAGGAGGAACUGCCCUUCUGUAGAGGCCUAGAGGUCUGCUGGUAUUGGGGCAGCCAGUCCCCAGGCCUGGCUUGGCGAGCAGAAAGGGAGAAUAUCAAGUGCCCUUGCUCUCCUUGGGCUUUUUUUUUUCUUUCCAUCUUUGAGGACUAGGCCACUCUUUUUUUUUUUUUAAGUUCCUCUCACCCUAAGGUUGCCCUUAAUGGUAGGCACCUUUUGAGUGGCUGGAUUCGCUCUAGCCACUAUCAGUUGGCUGCAUGUAGGGUUUGGCUGGUGAGGAAAUGUGUGAGGAGCCAGUGCCUCUUGGCCACUCUACAAAGGGAGAGGUUGGAAGGAGGUCAUGAAGGCGGCCCUGGGGGCCUGGCUCAGCUCCUACCAGAACAAGUUGCUACAGGCAGCAGAUCUGCACCUCAGCUGGGGACCAGCUCAGGAAACCCACAGUCCUGUUAAUUCGGGCCCUGUCUUCCACCCUGCCUUCGUGGCAUGGCACAGGUUGCCAGUCAGCCUGGGUUCUCCUUGCAUUGGCAUGCCUCCAAUGGUUUGCCUUUGUCCUGGCAACAGCUCAGUGCCCCAUUCCAGCCAGCACUUUCCAGGGCUCAGAAGGAGAGAAGAAAGUGAAAGCCAUGUGCCUGGCAAGGCCAGGCCAGAGACAGGUAUAUCCAUCAGAGGCAGAGGCGAAUGAAUGAAGGGGGAGAUGCAGGGCUUUUGCGGGGGGAGUAGCUUGGUGCAGAAACAUGUGGGUCAAAGGAACAGACAGUGGGGCCUGGUCCACAGCCUCCCUGAGGAGUAAUGGCAUGCAUUUGGGGUCUCAGGGAGCACUGGGUAUCUGUACUGGUCUGUAUCUCACUUUGACCUUGGACCAAUCCUAUGUAGAAAAGAGCUAACCUGGACAGGCCUAUAGCAGCUGGCAUUUAGGGGUAGCUCCCAUAUGUGCUGCGAAGGCAGCCUGCUACUACCCUAAUUUUAGUAUUUGAUUCAUGAUGGAGGAGGAAGCUGUUGUCUAUACCCCUAGGGACCAGUGGGUGCUCGCUUCCCCUCACCUCCCCAGGGCUUUUGUUUCAGUGCCAAGGUGCUUCGCUAACCACUCUGGCCAAAUUUCCACAUGCCAUUUGCCAGUAUGUAGGAGCUCUGUAUGUGUGAGUAUAAGAGAGAGAGAGAGAGAGAGAGAGAGAGAGAGAGAAUGUGUGUGUGUGUAUGUGUGUGUGUGUUCAUGAAAGUGGCUAGUUUCCUUUUAAACAGCCCUGGGAAAGGGAAAAGAGAGCCUUCAGGUAGCCUUGGCCAAGCAUCCGGGCCAAGGAGUACAGUCCGUUGAGCUGGCCAACUCAUGGCAUCCGCUCUGAAUAGCAGAGCUUAUGGCCACACCUGCUGAUAGCCCUUGUCACUCCUAGAGUAUGGUUUUGCACCCCAAAGCUGAUCUGGCCCAUUUUCCUCUUGGAGACACAGUGACGUAUUCCUCUGUUGGCCUUCGAGGGCAUUGCGGGGUUCUGAAGCCAGAGUCAACCUUCUCUCUUUCUAUGAGGACUUUGUAGCCUUCACAGAAGCUGCCUGCAGGGUCCCGACCAUUUGUGAUCACUGAGGAUUUAGUGUUAUGUGAUGUGGGUGCGAUGUCCAUGGGCAGCAGGUUGUCAGCAGGUCCCCCUGCUGGGUAGCUCAAGGAAUGGCAGAAUUGUCCUUCCUCUCCCUCCCUCUGCCCAAAAGACUUCUCUGAAUUUGUAGCUGUUGGCCCAAGAGUCAUCUGUCCAUGUAAGAAGAGGAUGCUCCUCCUGGUUUCUGGGGAAAGCGAGAUGAGGGAGGAGAAAGGGCGGGCCACACAUAACAUCGUAACAAGAUGCUAUAGUGCUGGCUUUGGUGAGUCAAGAACAGGCAUGAGGCUUGAGCAGGCUGCUUGGCAAGACCCAUACUGGGAAGGGGCCUCCCAGCUGUUCUGUUGGAGGCAGGUAGAAACCCUAGGAGCACGUGAGGCUUCCUCUUGUAUAUAUAGAAUGAGCCGAUUUGUGCUCAAGAAAACAGUCGCUUGCUCUUGCUCGUCUGUGACAUUUUUCUAUACUGGUUUGCUACUCGUGGCACGAAAUAAACAAAACUCACCAAAAACCACACACCAAAAUCGAAAGUCCUUUCAAGCAAAGCUGUUGUUUUGGGAAGUCUAGCUUUCUUUUAGUGUCAAAUCUUCAAGAAUUAUUUGGUAUUGGUGUUAGUAUAAUGAAGAGGAUAGGAUAGCUAGAUCGACCCCUGAUUACCUCUGUCAGGAAAUUUGCCAUUGCCUCUGCCUCUCUUACCUCGCCUGCUCCCGGACGACCCUUUGCGGGCACCCCCACUCCCCCUCCACACACACACAUACAGAAGCAAGUCCUUUUUCUCAGACUGGUUUUUGGGUGCUCUGUGACCCUACCUGUUUGCUCGCCUCUGGGGACGUUUGGUAAUGUAUUUUGUCUGUUUUGUAAAACCUUUUGAUUGUAUCCCUGAAAUGGUUUCUGCAAUCACCGUUGGAAAUAAAUGGUCCUUAAUUUGUGUACUUGGCAUUCGGAA